GUGGCUGAGCCCGUGCGGAGGCGCUGGGGGGGCCGGGGGCUGUGCCCUCACCUCUCCUUGUCUCUUCCCUCCCCCCAGACCCCCUGCGGACAAGGAUGAUCGGGGGGGGCCCUGGAGCCCCCAAGCAGCCCACGGGCAUCGGGAGCUGAGCUGGGGGGGGGGUCCCCACGCUGCUGUCUCCCCCCCUUUCCUCCUCCAAGAUGUCCUACUUCACUGAGCACUUCUGGGGCGAGAAGAACCACGGCUUCGAUGUGCUCUACCACAACAUGAAGCACGGGCAGAUCUCCACCAAGGAGCUGGCUGACUUCGUCCGUGAGAGGGCUACCAUCGAGGAGAACUACGCCAAGGCCAUGGUGAAGCUGUCUAAGAUGGCCACCAAUGGGACCCAACUGGGGACCUUUGCGCCGCUCUGGGAGGUUUUCCGCAUCUCCUCGGACAAGCUGGCCCUUUGCCACUUGGAGCUGAUGAAGAAGCUCCACGACCUCAUCAAGGAGAUCUCACGCUACGGCGAGGAGCAAGGCCGGGUGCACAAGAAGUCCAAGGAGGAGGUGUCGGGGACGCUGGAGGCUGUCCAGAUGCUGCAUGGGGUGGCCCAGUUGCUACCCAAGUCCAAGGAGAGCUACCACAGCAAGUGCCAGGAGUACGAGCGGCUCCGCAAGGAGGGCACCAGCCAGAAGGAGAUCGACAAGGCAGAGCUCAAGUCCAAGAAGGCCGGCGAGGCGCUGCGCAGGGCGGUGGACAAGUAUAACGCUGCCCGCGCCGACUUCGAGCAGAGGAUGCUGGACUCGGCCAUGCGCUUCCAAGAGGUGGAAGAAGCCCACCUGCGCCACAUGAAGGGUCUCAUCGGCUCCUACUCGCACUCUGUGGAGGACACCCAUGUCCAGAUAGGGCAGGUGCAUGAGGAGUUCAAGCAGAACGUGGAGAACAUCGGCACCGAGAUGCUGCUGCGGAGGUUCGCCGAGAGCAAGGGCACAGGGAGAGAGCGGCCAGGGGUGCUGGACUUUGAGGAGUACCGGCUGGCCCCAGCGCUGGAAGGACCCAAGAGGAGCCGUAGUAAAGCUUUCCGUAUCCCUGGGUUGAGCCGUAAGGAGAGGGACCGUGAUGCUGGGGAAUCCCUGGAUGCCGAGGUGGGCUGCCCGGAGGUGGAUGAGGACGGGUUCACCGUGCGCCCCGAUGUCACCCGCACCGAGGGGGAGAACCACGGCUGCUCCUCCAGCGAUUCCGACUACGACGAGGACGAGCCCCGCAAGUUCUACGUCCACAUCAAACCCGUGCAGCCCCGGGAGGCACCCGGCAGCGCUGAGGCCACCAUGGAGCAGCUCAAGGCCACUGUGGGGAACCUCAUCCUGCCCCCCAGCAUCGGGGGCACCGUCAAGAGGCAGUCAUCCCGGCAUGCAGCAUCUCUGACCCCAGCCCCGAGCGAUGUGGACUCUGAGGGCACACUGGCAGCAGGUGACAGUGCAGGGAGGGGGUGCCCAGCGGCGCAGAUGAGCAGUGGCCCUGGGAAGGCUCCCCCGGCCGCCGCCCCCCCCUCUGCUCUCUUCGGGCCCCCGCUGGAGUCGGCUUUUGAAGCGGAGGAGUUCCCGGCCCCCCGCUCCUACGUCCUCACCUCCUCAUCCUCGCCCUUCUCCUCCUCGUCCCCGGAGAACGUGGAGGACUCGGGGCUGGAUUCCCCAUCGCACCCCGCGCCCGGACCCUCCCCGGACUCCAGGCCUUGGACACCGCAGCCGGGGACCCCGCAGAGCCCCCUCCCCAAGCAGGGCAGCUCCCCCCCACCCCCGCCGGCGCUGCCGCGGCCCCGCAGCCCCUGCGGCCGCCUCCCGGAGCCCCCCGGCUUCGCCGUCUUCAGCGGCCCCGGAGCAGAGGGGCUAUGGGGGGACGCGGCGCGGGGGUCCCGGGGCCGCAGCAGCCGAGCGGGGCCCCGAGAAGCCCCCUCCCCGGACCCCUUCGGGGAGCCCCUCCCCUGGGUCCGGCCCCGCAGCCCCGGUGGGGACCGGCCCCGUCCUUCCUCCAACUCCGCUUCCUCCUCCUCGUCCUCCCCGGCGCCGCCCAGCGCGGGGGGCUCCUGCAGCCCCUCGCCAUGGACCUGCCAAGGGUCGGGGACGGGGUCGGGGUCGGGGCUGAGCGAGGGCAGCGCGGCCGUGGCUCCCCCCCCACAGCCGGAUGCUGCCCCCACUUGGCCCAGCGCAGCCCCCCGGGAUGUCCCACUCGUGGCCCCCCCACGCCGCUCCCGCACCAAGAGGCCGGCAGCCGGUCCGGCUGCGGGCAGCAACAGCGACCUGUCGCGCUCACUGAGCCCCUCUCCCUCCUGGAGCUGCGGCCCCUCACACUCAGCCCCGGCCAGCCUGGGCGAGCGCGGCUUCUUCGCUGUGUCCCAGCCGGCGCUCGGGCUGUCGCGGGGUCCCAGCCCCGUGGUGCUGGGCUCGCAGGAUGCGCUGCCCGUGGCCACUGCCUUCACGGAGUACGUCCACGCGUACUUCAAGGGGCGAGAUGCUGACAGCUGCCUGGUGAAGGUGACGGGGGAGCUCACCAUGUCCUUCCCCGCUGGCAUCAUCCGUGUCUUCAGUGGGAGCAUGGCCCCCCCAGUGCUCAGCUUCCGCCUGCUCAACACCGGCGCCAUCGAGCAGUUCCUGCCCAACGCCGAGCUGCUCUACAGCGACCCAUCCCAGAGCGAUCCCAGCACCAAGGACUUCUGGCUGAACAUGGCUGCGCUCACCGGGCACCUGCAGAAGCAAGCGGAGCAGAGCCCGACCGCCUCUUACUACAACGUGGCUCUGCUCAAGUACCAGUUCUCACGGCUGGGCCCUGGUUCGGCGCCGCUGCGGCUCUGUGUGCACUGGGACUGCGCCCCGGGUACCACGAGGGUCAGCAUCGAGUACGGCUACAACGGGGCUGCACUGGCGCUGCCCGUGCCCCUCGCCAACGUCCACGUCCUGCUGCCCGUGGAUGAGCCCAUGGCCAACCUGCGGCUGCAGCCCGGGGCCAGCUGGAACCUGGAGGAGAAGAGGCUGCUCUGGAGGCUGCUGGAUGUGCCCGGCGCUGCGGGGCAGGGAGGCUGUGGCCAGCUCUCGGCCAGCUGGGAGCCGCUCUGUGGGCCCAGUAAGCCCAGCCCCGUGGCAGCGCAGUUCAGCAGCGAGGGCAGCACGGUGUCGGGUGUUGAGGUGGAGCUGGCGGGCGCCGGGUACCGCAUGUCACUGGUCAAGAAGAGGUUUGCUACAGGGAUCUAUCUGGCGGGGUCCUGAGCUGACCCCCCUGGGCUUCCCCCUUGGUUGUGUGUGAAACACUGGAUGGAGGCCGGUUGGGGAGGGGGUGCUGCCCUGUAGGAGCCCCCCUCCUCUCCCUCCUCAUCUCCCUCCGGCCCCCCUGCUCCAUGGCUGUCACUGCAUCCCCUUCGCCCUCCCCUGUGCUGUGACGGGAGCAGGAGCUGCUCUUUUAUUAAACACUUUAUUUUCUAA